UUUCACAUCGAGACACCGCAAUCGCACCUUCUCAGACUUAAACUCAUGAUCCAACUUCCAGUCCCAUCUCACCUUACUUCUUCGUCCUGACGAACAACCUCAUUUUCGCAAAACAGGACUGAAAUUUCCGAGCCACAAGCGUUCGAUUCCACCAACACCCACAAUUGCAGCGCACCGCACUCGCCGCGAUUCUUUCGAACAAGCCCUACAAGACUCAAGAAAGAAGAAAUCAAAAUGGCCCCACCCAAGCAUCUCAACUUCAUCACAGGCAAUGCCAACAAACUCGCCGAAGUCCAAGCCAUUCUCUCUUUCACGCCCGUCGAACUCCGAUCGCAAAAUGUCGAUCUAGUAGAGAUUCAAGGGACGAUUGAGGAGAUUUCCAAAGAUAAGGCGAGCAGGGCUGCGGAGGCGGUACAAGGACCUGUUUUGGUGGAAGAUACGUGUUUGUGUUUCAAUGCGUUCAAGGAGCUGCCGGGACCUUAUGUAAAGUGGUUCCUCAAGGCUCUCGGGGUGCAAGAAUUCCACAAGCUGUUGGCGGGCUUCGAAGACAAGUCUGCUCAGGCUGUGUGUACGUUUGCGUACUGCGAGGGACCAGGCAAGGAGCCGAUUGUGUUCCAGGGCCGGACAGCUGGCAAGAUUGUGCCUUGUCGUGGACCAACGGAUUUCGGCUGGGAUGCGUGCUUCGAGUAUGAAGGACAGACAUAUGCCGAAAUGCCCAAAGUGGAGAAGAACAAGGUCUCGCAUCGUGGAAAGGCUUUGGAGAAGCUGACGGAGUGGCUGAAUCAGGAGCUUUGAAGAACACUUCCAGAACGUCCUGUCAUGAUGCAAGCGCUUCUUCCAUAGAAAUCAUACAGAUCUCCAACAAGUUCAUCCAUGCAAAAACAUCGG